AUGCCAUGGUAUGAUGUCAAGCGUCAGCUAGAUGACGCUCCAAAGCAACGUCGAGCUUCCUCAGUGCGUGAAAAGCCGCGGAUCCCGCUGCAUCUCAUUAAAACAAACAGCGAUGGCCAAAACAUUUUGAUAGUCGCCGGGGACGAGGCGAAACAUGACACCCCGUCGAAUUUUCGUCACAAACCGGAGUUCGAUUGCAAAAAUCGAGGAUCAGGAAAAACCCUGGAAAGCGCUCUCGUCGUCUCCACCGCGGUGGACGCCACUUCGGCAGUCAUGGCGACGUCGUCGUCGUCGCCCGAGCCGCCGGACCCGGCCCGUGGCGGCUCUUCCGACAGCCUGGAAGACGCGUCGUUUGCGUCUGCGUCGUCCACGCUCAGCGGCGACAUCUGUGUGACUACGGGCGAGCGAAUGUCGAGUCCGAGUGACGCUCUGUGGGCGGACGCCGGAGAGGAUCAGAUGGCGGCGGAAGCACCAGCACCAGCACAGAGCCCAGCAGCGUCAGCUGCUGGGACACACCAGUUGCGGGUUGUGGAUGACGAGAGUCUGUCCAGGCUGCUGAGCAUCAUCAACAAGGCCAGCAGCUGUCCCGGGGCCGAGGCUGGGGGGACUCAUCUUCACCAUCAUGCGACCCAGUCCUUUUCAGCAGCAAGCAGGCCAAAGAUCAACACCAGAUACGUGGGCAUCUACAGACAGCGAAGUCUGCCAUUCCGCAGCGCGUCAUUUUCGCACGUGGACCGCGAGCCAGCGACACCUGGCGGCACCAUGUCCCAGUCCAUGUCCACGUCAUCGUCCCCGUCACCAGCGAGUGCGGGCCAAAAGCUCCUCAGACUCUUCCACCUGAAACCCGGCUCCUAUGCCCAUUCCAAGGACGCAGCAGCUGGUGUCAAGCACCAGCAUCAACAUCAACAGCAAGAGCAUCAAGCAGCGACUGCCAGCAAUAAAAUCCCGGCGCCGAUCGGAGAGGAACCCGUUCAAAUGGCGGGCAAUUUUCAGCCACAGGUGCGGACGUCGACUCUGUCGCUGGACUCUGCUGUGGGCCCUUUCGACGACACUGACGACUGUGAGGAACACCAAGUGACGACGGCGUCGUCUUCGGCGAGUGCCAGCGGGAGAACGAGUUUCGAGCUGCAAGAAAUGCAAGAGACCGGCGCCAUGGCGGCUAGGUUCCCGCUGGUGCAGCUGGUGGCGUCGUCGCGGUCGGCGUCCCUGGAUUUGCCGAUGGUCAGCAGUCCAGGGAUGAUGGGCGCCGGUUCAGUGGCGGCUGCUGCUGCUGCUGGGGAUGGCGGUGCUGGCGACGCUGCAGGAGUGUCGCCUGUUGCUUCUCCUGCACCA